AAACACAACUCUCUCUCUCUCUCUCUCGCCCUUUUCUGAUCUGCUUUUCUUUUUGACCUUUUGAAUAAACAAUUUACAGCACUGAUUCUGGCCUGCCAUUGGCUGCAAUAUUGAGAGAGAGAGAGAGAUAGAGUCAGAUGGGGCACCAUUCCUGUUGCAACAAGCAGAAGGUGAAGAGAGGGCUAUGGUCACCAGAGGAAGAUGAGAAACUCAUUAACUACAUUACAACCUAUGGCCAUGGUUGUUGGAGCUCAGUCCCUAAACUUGCAGGCCUGCAGAGAUGUGGAAAGAGCUGCAGAUUAAGAUGGAUAAAUUACCUCAGACCAGACUUAAAACGUGGGAGUUUCUCUCCACAAGAAGCAGCUCUCAUCAUUGAACUCCAUAGUAUUCUAGGCAACAGAUGGGCACAGAUAGCAAAGCAUCUACCGGGGAGAACAGAUAAUGAGGUGAAGAACUUUUGGAAUUCAAGUAUCAAGAAGAAGCUUAUCUCUCAUGAUGUUCCAGCUUUAGCAUCUUUCGCUGAUGUUCAUAAUUCUACUCCUCCAGAGGACAGUUUUAUCUCCCUAAACGCAAACCCUAAUUUGAUCUUAAGUACUCAUCAAGACCAGGUCUACCUUUCCCCGGCAGCACCAGUGCUACAAAGUUUUGGUCAUGGAGAUUUAAAGCCAAAUUCGAACAAUUACCAUAUCGAUUUGGUUCAUCAUAAUUUUCCAACUCCAAUGCUCCCGCCCCCUUCAAAUACAUCUUCUUCCUUUGACCCAACAUGGCCAUUGCCACCCUUUGUACCUCAACAUCUUGAUCAUCAAAACCAAGAAGACGUCCAAAUAUUCAGCAAUGAACUAGUCCAAAAUUUUGUUAGUGAUAAGCUCAUUAAUCCAACAACUGCAGUAACUCCUUAUGACCAUCCGUUAAUGGCCCCGACCGUGCCCAAACUCUGUGAAAUCCUUGAAGGAAACAUCUGCAGCUUGCAACAAGCAUCUGUUUCACUAGAAAAUAUCGAUCCAGUCUCCAGACUUUCAUCGUCAUGUUUUCCGUCAGCUGGUUCAACCUACCCACAUGACAUGCACGUGCCAACAAGCCAGAUGGAGUACAUGGAUACCAUCAUCACAUUGCAGCUGCCAUCAUCUUCAUCAUCGUCAUCCUUAUCAGCAUUAUCCAGCGGACAAUAUGUUACAAACCCUAAUCUUCCUUCAAGCAGCUGGGACCCCUAGGCAUGGCGGAUCACAUCUUACAUUAUGUUGGGUUGGAUAUAGCUAGGUAUUGUCUACGGGCUCAGUCCAUACAAGGCAAUUAUUUUCUUUAAACAUAUAUGCACAACAUAUUAAGUUCAGGUCUUAUGACAGAAAAUUAAAACCUAAAUGGUACUAGUUUCAAAUAUUCAGUAAUUAUAUAUAAUGCUGUCUGAUGAUGUUCCAUAAAUAAAUGUAGGUUCUUAAUUAAUUUCACAUGUUAAUUACUCUUCGAAUAUAUGUAUAUAUUUGUA